UGUUAUGAAAGACAAUUUUCACGAAAAAAUUCAGAUACACUACAAUGACAAACACAUCUGCAUAUUGAAGAACGUAAGAUUAAAUUCAAAAAUAAAAACUCCUGUAUAAGGCAGUAGACACAUGCUCCCUCUGGGAGCCUAUUUUUUUAACUGCAACCUGAAUAUAAGUUUGACUUGGAUUGAUAUCAGCUAGAACAAUGAAUACGCUACAGUAUCUUAACUUUACAGCAGUUCUAAGUCACUGCAUGACUGAUUUCAUCAUCUCAUGCUUGAUUGCACUCACAAAGAAACCAGCCUAUAAGGUCACAUGACUAACCUGGAAAAACCCAUUUCUAUUUUCGCAGACACUUCAUGCACACCCAAAACUUAACAGAGAAUUUUAAGGAUAUCAAUUCAAGAUGGCUACCAGUAAGUUGAAUCAGUUUCUGGAACAUGUUGAUGAGAAGGUCUUAGAGUGUACCAUCUGCUUUAAGAGACUUCAAAAUCCAAAAUCCCUCAACUGCCUUCAUAGUUUCUGUUUGGCAUCAAUGAGCCCCUCUCAGAUGACUUUGUUACAUCCACCUCUGUGUUCACAUCACAGUAAACCUUUGGAGUUAUACUGCACAGAUUGUAAAACUCCAAUCUGUGUGAAUUGUAUACUUAUGGACCACAAUGCAUGGGAUGGAAAACACAAACCAAUCAACAUUUCAGACGCAUUCCAAACAUUUAAAGAAACUUCAGCCACCUUAGAAAAAUCUGCACAACGCUUCAUAAACAAAUUAGAAGGUGGUCUCAAAGCUGUUAUCCACAAUGCUACAAAAUUACAACAAAAUAAAGACACAUGUUUAAUAGAUAUAGACAACCAUGUAGAAGAAAUAUUUAAAAAAGUAAAAGAGAAUAGAGACAAAAUGAAAAAUGAAGUAGAGACAAUCUACAAAAGAAAAAAGAAGGUAAAUGAUGUACAAAUUGAUGAAUUUAAAGCAAUAUUAUCCGAUAUAAAAACAAAACUGUCUUUUCUUAAUCAAUUAUUGAAGAGUGAUGAAGGCACUGCAAUGCAGUGAAAUAGUAAUUACAGCACUCAGGGACAGA